AUGGGAGGAGGAGGAGGAGCAGGAGGAGGAGAAGAAAUAGAAGACGAAACCGACAGAGUCAGGCCCCGUACCUCAGGCCCGGCUAGCUCGAAACGGGCUCCGGAGGCGGUUUGGGGAGGCUCAACCGACGCUGGCCUACGCUGGGUGAUUGGCCUGGCUGCUGCGGAGGCUGUAUUUGGUCACGAGAGUGUACUGUACUGUAUCUAUAUUAUCGAUUGUUGGUGA